AUGGAUGUGGUUAAUGCACGAGGCAAGCAACAUAAUGCCAAGUUGAGCCCAUAUGAUCAGGAUUGGAAAAAGCUAGAUCUCUUUGGGAAGAAGAUGUAUUCAUUGGCCACAUUGCAGUUUAGAGUAGUAAACUAUGAACCUGUCAUGGCCAGAUAUGAUCUUAUUAAUUAUGGGAAACUUAGUGCAUUUCUGGAACAUUUAUCGGAGACACAAAAGGAGCAGUUUCAGGCAGUUGUCAGAGAGGGUCACUAUACCCACCGUGUGGUUGGCAAUGGAGUCAAAGCUCAGUCUGUGAAUCCAGAAGUAAAAGUGAAAGGAACAGAUCCUGUAAUAAAUCAGAUUAUUGAUAAACUGAAACACAUUAUCCAGCGGUUGCAGGGCAAAUCAUUUCCUAAACAUGAGAAGUGGGGUCUACUACAAACGGGCAGUGGUGUAAGUAUGGAUGAACAAGUCAGUGGAGACUGUGAUGAUGAGGAUGGUUGUGGAGGAUCAGGAAGCGGGGAAGUGAAGAGAAUCCUGCAAAUUGCUGACUGUAAGUCCCAUGAUUCUACCGCCACUUAUUUAAGUUCUUUAAGAGUGAAUUAGUGUAUUAGCCUCUAAGGAAUACUACUGGUCUACUUUGGAGAUGAUUGUGGUAAACUUAUCUAAGCAAAGUAGUUGAACAUCAUGAAUUAGAACAUGUACAAAAUAAGACUGAAUUUUCUAAAGAUGGGAAUUUAUAUCUACGUUACAGGUAUUGCAAUGAACUUUAUCCUAAUCUGCAUCUUCUUAAUGUGACUGGUGUCUGUUGGCACAUUUGGUGUUCUGCAAAUCAUGAUACCUGUCCAAUGAUGUUUUAAUCCAACUAAAUAGUGGUAGAAUGUCUCGGCCAUGAUGAAUUACUGGUUUAACAUAAUAAAUAAAAUUUUCAGCUGAACAGAGAAAACUUUCAGAUCUUCCCUGGAAACAUGGGAGAAAACAAUGUACAAACAUAUUGUGGUAAGUGGAUUUGGCCGUUCGUCCAUUACUAUUAUAUUAAAUUGACUA